AUGCAGGCAUUGGAGGAAGGAAGGCUGCCAUGUCGGGUCCUGGAGUUUGGCAUACCGGACUUCGGCGGGCCCGCUGAUGCGAAGGCUUACAGAGAGGUGAUUGGCGAGUUGGCAGCCAUUCUUACUGAAGGCCGCAAUAUCGUCCUUCAUUGUUAUGGUGGGGUUGGACGUACCGGGACUGCGGCAGUGGCCGUGCUGUGUAGCUUGGGCAUCGAACUUGAAGAAGCCUCGAAGUGGGUGGCACAGGCUGGCAGUGGCCCAGAGACCCCUGUGCAAAUGGCGUUCUUGCAAGACCAUUUCGCAAAUACGAAGGCUUGCACGGCUACACCAUGCCGGUCUGAGACUGACAAAGACAAUGACAAGCGCAGUCUGGAACCUGAUGUAUCGACCAAAGAAGGGCAUUCGUAUGCCUCAUUGAACAUGUCGUGGUGGCAGCGGCCACCAACCAAAGUGACCAUUGCAACAUUCCGGCCGGAGGAAAAAGAUUGA